AUGGGGAUCUUGGAAAGUCUCAAGUCCAUUUUCCAAUUUCAAUAUCCGGAGAUGUCAAAGGACUACAUCGAACGUCACGUCAACGAUCCCAAGUAUCGAUCUAUCGCCAUCGUCCGCAAGCCCCAAGAGACCAUCGGCGGGAUAACAUUUCGACAGAUUGGAACCUGGAAUGUUGCUGAGGUUGCCUUUUGUGCUGUGUCAUCUAAGGAGCAGAUAAAAGGUUAUGGUGCUGCCCUCAUGGAUCAUCUGAAAGACUAUGUCAAGGCUACUUCCCUCAUGACGCAUCUCUUAACGUAUGCUGAUAACUAUCAUAUUGGAUUCAGUGUCAAGCAAGGCUUUAAACUGGCGACUCUUGACGAGUCUGUUUGGAGGGAGUGCAGGAAGGGUUACAGAAAUGUGACCCCAAUGCAAUGCUCUAUUGAUAGAGGCAUCGCAGGACGUCAGCAUAAACUGUAG